GACAAGGACGAAGCGCACGUCCUGACGCAGAAAAUCCUCGCCGCGGCGAUGAAGCGCGUCCCGACGCUCGGGUGGACCGACGACGCCCUGCGCGCGGCGGCGAGGGACCUGAACCUCUCCCCCGCGGCGGCGCGACAGGUCCCGCGAGGCGUCGGCGCGCUCGUCGAUAAAUUCGUCUCCGAGUGCGACAGCCGCUUAGCUCUGAUGAUAACGACGAAGCGCGACGAGGAGCUGCGGUACGAGUCCGCGCGGACGAAGCUGGAGAAGAUCAUCAACUGGCGUCUCGACAUGAUCAAGCCGGUGAUCGACGACUGGGCCGCCGCGCUCGCCGUGCAGGCGCGACCGGAAAAUCUCGCGUCGACGGUGGCGCAACGCGCGAUGCUCGCGAACGACAUGUGCGACGCCAUCGGCAGCGGGUUCGGGCUGGGGACGAUCGAUCACCACCUAUCGCUCGGUGCGGUCGGCGACGCCGCGACGAGAGGGGGCUGGUACGGCGAUCGCGCCGUCGUCGGCGCGUUGUACGCCGCCGCGGAGGCGCACCUCCUCGCGGACGCGUCGCCGGGAUACGAGGACACGCGCGCGUUCGUGCACGAGGCGGUG